UUCAUUGUAAUUUUGUAAGUUUUGCAUGUCCAAAGUUCUCCACGGGCCGUACAGAACAUUACCAGAUGUUGACGUCUCCACGUCGUCCCUCAGUGCGCCGGAUCGUUUCCCUCUAGCGCUCGGAGCUUGCAUUGUCCCAGAGCCUCGUCAUGGCGGCGCAGACCCGAGCUCUGGUGUCAGGUCAGUGGCUGGCGGAUGCCGUCAGGAACAACCUCGUCGGGCCGAAGCUUCGUGUCCUCGACACUUCGUGGUACCUGCCGAAAGCCAAGCGGAACCCGAGGGCCGAGUUUGCGGAGAAACACAUCCCGGGCUCGUCGUUCUUUGACAUCGACGAAUGCAGCGACAAGACCUCCGCGUUCGACCACAUGCUGCCGACCAGCAGCCACUUCUCCCGGUACGUCGGGGAGCUGGGCAUCGGCAGCGACACGCACGUCGUGGUGUACGACACCAGCGACUUCGGCUCGUACUGCGCCCCCCGGCUGUGGUGGAUGUUCCGGGUGUUCGGUCACAAUAUGGUGUCGGUGCUGGACGGAGGCUUGAAGAACUGGCUGGCUGAAGGUUAUCCGGUGUCGGCUGAGUACUCCAAGCCGGAGCCCAGAGAGUUCAAGGCGACUGUCAACCAGUCCUGGGUGAAGAGCUACGAAGACGUGCUGGAGAACAUCAGGAGCCAGCAGGUCCGGAUUGUGGACGCCCGGUCAGCGGGAAGGUUCAGGGGGACUGAGCCCGAGCCCAGAGAUGACACGCUGCCGGGCCAUUUCCCUGGUGCCAUCAACAUGCCAUUCACCUCCUUCAUGGAUGCCUCUGGAAAGGAACUGGGGACCGAGGACCUGUCCAAACUGUUCAGGGAUGCAGGCGUGGACCUGGAGCAGCCGCUCUGGGCUACCUGUGGGUCUGGCGUCACAGCGUGUCACGUUGCUCUGGCCGCCCACCUGCUCGGGCACCCCGGGGUGUGUGUUUAUGAUGGCUCCUGGUCUGAAUGGUUUAAAAGGGCAUCUCCUGAUCACAUCAUCUCAGAGGGAGAGGGGAAGAAGGCAUGAAUGGGAAGAGGAAAGAUUGAAAUACUACAAGCACAGAUGUGAUGGUAGUUUGAGAGGGGAAGCAGUGGGUUUGCUGCCAACAACGGUGAUAGAUCAAUACUUUAAAAUCCACAGGGCACUUUUUAAUUAGAUUGUACUUGCUGUUUAAGAUUGAGCACAGUGAGCUUAUUAAGAAUCCCAGUUACAAACUUUACAUGAGGAAGUUUCGGCAGAAGCCUUAAGUGAAAACCUUAUCUUCGCUAUGCAACAUAUUUAACUUUCCAUUACCGGAGAGUUUCAUAUUUAGAAGAGUUUACACUAUUUUGGUUGGAGGUCAUAUGGAUAUAAUGAUGAAUUCAUAUGAAUGUUACAAUAAAUGGAAACUUAAUAUUUUUGUUUUUUCAUAUUGCAUGUAGACAGGGUGUCAGGUCAGUCUCUCACUUUUUAAAAUAUGUCUUGCUCAAAACAUGGAGGAAGUAUUCAUAGGUUCAGUAACCAGAAAUGUAAAUGUUUAGCUUUGUCUGAGGGUGAUGAAAGCAAGGAGGGCAAAGUACUGGAGAGGAUAGACACAUUGAUCGACCCCUCACAUUCCCUGACAUAAUAGGAAACACUUUCAGUCUUCUUCUGAUUUUGAUGCAAGUCAAAAAUGUUUUGCUUUUGUAUUUUCACUACUUAACAUUUUUAUUUGUUGCAAAUGUACAUGUUGAAGAAGAAAAUUUUCCUAAGUGUGAAAAAGAAAAGCAGAUUUUAUGCCCACAGAAAUGCUGCAGCUUUAGCUGAGACACAACACAUGAAGGAAAAAAAAAAGAAAAAAAAGAAAAAAAAUUGGGGAUGCUGACGCAGAGGAAAUCAAAACCAGUUCAGUCCGGUUCCUGUGCUUGAUUCUAGGUGUCUGGCAAGAUGCCCGAUUUUCAAAACAAAGUAUAUGCUGUUAAAUGCCCAGAAUGUAGAAUGUGUAAUCAGUAUAUUUAGUAUGGGUCUGGAAAUGUGAACUAAUGUAAAAGAAAGAAAAAAAAACAAUCAAUUGAUGAAAAAGAGUCCCAUUUUAAAAGUGUUGAACUGAUUUCAAAGAGAGCUUUGCACUCCUUUUUUUAACAGCAUCAUCGUCUUUUGUUACAAGAUUUUUUUUUUUGACAUCUUAACUGUUAAACAUGGAGAGAAA